GUUCACGUGACAAAUUGUAUUACACUUUAAUUAUCAUUUAUUCAUUUAUUAAAUUGAUAACUUAGUUUAACUUUUUUAGAGAACCAAUGUAAAUAAUUAUUUACAAGAAGCGCCUUAAUAAAUUACAGCUACAUUUUCAUUUUCGCUGUUCUUAUAAAAACAAAUUUUCACGAAAUUUGACAGAUGGCGGGAAAUUCGACAGAUUUUUUAGCGUUGUCUUCAUAAUAGUUUUUUGUUUCAACUAUGACAGAGUUGGACCAAAUCGAUAUCGAUUGUCGAUUGAAAGCUUGCCUCAGAAAGUUACGACUUACAACACUGAAAUCCAUACUGUACCUGACUGGACCUGUUGGUGGAUUGUCACCAAGUGAUGUGGAAACAGUGAAACUUGCAGCUGCCAAAAUAGUCAAUAAAGAGCAACCAGUUUCCGCAAAACAGAUAUUUGAAAAUGAAAAAUUGCACCACCUGAAGCUUACAACUGGUUGUGCUGUACUAGACCAAGCACUGAGAGGAGGAAUCUUAUGCAGUGGUAUUACAGAGAUUUCUGGGGAAAGUGCCAGUGGAAAAACCCAGUUUGCCCUACAGUUGUCCCUCACCUCCCAGUUGACUAAACAAUACGGUGGUCUGGAUUCAGGUGCAUUGUACAUCUGCACAGAAGAUGCUUUUCCCAGUAAACGCCUAUAUCAGAUGAUCAAGAACUUCACUGCAAGUCACGGCAACAAGUUGUGUAACCAAGGAAAUCUAGGGGAUAAAAUAUUCAUUGAACAUGUAGCAGAUUUUGAAGGUCUUAUGAGCUGCCUGUCCAACAAAGCCCCCAUACUGCUGAACUCUGGAGCAGUCAAGAUGAUCAUCGUGGACUCGGUGGCUGCACAUUUCCGCAGCGACUAUGAGAGCAACGAGAUGUACAAACGAGCUCAGCAUAUCUGUGCCAUGGGGUCCCUACUGUGCAAAUACAGUCACAAACACCAAAUACCUGUUGUCUGCAUUAAUCAGGUGACGAGCUCCAUGUCCCCAGACAGUCGUCAACUGAUUCCCUCCCUGGGCCUCGCCUGGUCCAAUCAUGUGACCAACCGCAUCAUGCUGGCACGUACCCAGCGUAGCCUCACCAUUCAGCAGGACAGCGCUCACGGCCCCUUGGAGACCGUUGUCAGGGAGAUGGAGGUGGUGUUUGCGCCACAUCUACCCACUAUCACUGUGCCCUUUGUGAUAGACCAUGAAGGAAUGAAAGGAUUUGCACAGAAUAUUUUGUGAAAUUUAAUCUUCAGUGUACUAUCAUGAGGGCAUGAAAAGAAUUGCACAUGUUUUGUUGUGAAUUGAAAUCUUCAGUGUUCAACCAAGAGGGAAUGAAAGGAUUUGCUCGCAUCAUUGUUUUGUAACAUGAAAUCUUGUGAAGGGUACUUACUCAUAAUAUAUAUAUAUAUAUAUAUAUAUAUAUAUAUAUAUAUAUAUAUAUAUAUAUAUAUAUAUAUAUAUAUAUAUAUAUAUACAAACACACACAUAUAUAUACAUAUAUAUAAGUAUAACGUUUGGUUAAGUAGUUGAACCAGCCAGGCUACUAAUUGUUCCAAAGAAAAAUGCAUAAUUGUAAAAAAUUUGUUUUGAUUUAACAUCAUUCAUCUAGAACUUCGGAUUUGUAUGGUGUUUAACCCAUUUAUGCCUAGCGUCUAAAAAAGGGCUUGGCAAACAGCAUAGACCCAGAUGAGACGCCGCAUGAUGUGGCAUCUCAUCAGGGCCUGCGCCGUUUGUUUAAAGGAAUUUCUGUAAGAAAUAUUCUAAAUAUAUAAAUAAGUAUACUAGAAAUCCCUAAAUUCGGAAUUUAACUGAUCCAAUUUAGAAGGAUGGGAGAGUCCACUAGGCAUAAAUGGGUUAAUACAAAUGAAUAAGAACAACGAAGAGUGCUAUUAUUUUGAUCAUAACAUGAUUUGAAUAUCAUGUCCACUUUAAAUGACAACUCAUUAAGUAUGUGGUGCAUGAUUAUUGAUAUUUGUAUCAUGUUUAGUGGUUACUAAUUUUGUUUUUAUCUGUUGAAAUAAUGGAAUAAAACUCGACCUCUGA